UAAGGGUAAACAUACUCUUUUUCUUGGAAAAACCCAAGGGAAGUUUACUUUUAUAAAUGAAUAUCUAAACUCCCUGAAUAGAACUCUUGAAGUCCACCUCUUGUGCAUUCCGUGUCUUUCUCUCUGCUUGAAGGGAAUGGCUUCCUACAAGUUCAUGGCUUUUCUAGCUGUUUUCUUGGUUUUACUACCUACAACUAUUCUCGGGGAUCAUCUGACACCAUUUUUCGAAAAGAUAUGUGAAGAAGUUGAAUGCGGGAAAGGGACAUGCAAAGCUAAUAUAAGCUAUCCGCUGAAUUACAUAUGUGAAUGUGAAGCUGGUUGGAAGCAAACCCAAGAUGAUGAUGAUGUUGAUGAUGAUCAUAGGUUUCUACCAUGCAUCAUUCCUAACUGUACUCUGGACUUCAGCUGCCAGCCAGCUCCACCUCCAGUCCCAGAGAAAGAAGUUCCGCACAAUAUGUCUUUCUUUGAUCCUUGCUUUUGGACCUAUUGUGGAGAAGGUAAUUGCACAAAGACAACAACCUAUAAACAUACAUGUGAAUGCAGAAGUGGAUUCUCCAAUCUUCUAAACAAAACGUUCUUCCCUUGCUACAGUCAAUGUACACUUGGUUCUGAUUGUUCAAGACUUGGGAUUACGGUAAAAAAUGUAGAGAAUUCACCCUCGGAUGAUGGGAAUGAAGCUACCUCGUUUCUUCCAGGAAAGCUCCCUCUACUGGCAGUUCUGAUGAUGUCUGCUGUUAUGACUUUCUUGAAGUAGCAAUAUACAAGACUGCUUUCUUCGUUUCAUCAUAUUUGUUCUGAUUAUACUUGGACGUAUUCAUUUCACUCCUUGUUGUGACUAUGGCUCUGGAUUCUUAUAUAUAUAUAUAUAUAUUUAUUUAUAAGAUGUAGGCUUAUAUUGAGGCUGAGUAUUGUAUAUUAUUCCCUGGAUUCUUUCCAGUGUAUUUGUUGCUGCUUUGUUUAGUUUCUAAUAAAUAAGCAUGUCUCAUGCUAUCUGCCAUCCCUUUUUUGUCUCCCAAUCCUCUGAAAUCAGAAAACCAAAAUUCCAAAUUUUGCUUAAAAUGACAUGAAUUAUGUUGGUGAUAGCCUCAAGUGUCUUAGCUCAUGGUAUUUGAAUCCAGAUAUUUACCUAUCUCCUCCUCGGAUCCUAGCUUGUUCCACUCUUCUCUUUGGUGGACAACAUAAACUUAGAAACCGCUAAGAUGGGAAAAUCCACUCUCUCACAGAAAAUCUUGUUACAUAUCCCUCCAACUAUUAUGCACCACUUGACAACAAGUCAGGCAAGCUCCACAAUGUUAUAUAUCAUGAAAAAAAGCUACUGGCUCAAGCUUCCUUACACCCAAGAUCAUGAAACUAAACUUCUUUCUACUAAUAUAUCAAAUACCAAUGAAUAAAAGAGGCUCGUAUACACUAGCAUUCUAAUUCAUGAACUGAAAAACAGAAACAAAAACAAAGGGAGAAAAGAGAAUGGAGCGCUGCUUUAUAAUAAGAAGAAUGUAAAGCAUGAAUCUUUUCAUGUCCAAUUAUUCAAAAUUGCAAAUUUUCAUUGCAAUGCUCCUACCCACUAAUCCACAUUGCUUCAAGAUACAGAAUUUCUAUAAGUUACCCAAAACACAAUUCUACAAUCCCAAAAUCAUGGAGAAACAAAACAAGUAAACAAGGCAAAUGAUGAACAAAUUACAAAAAAAAAAUA